CACAAGAACAGUUCAAUUGCAGAAAUGUUUACACAAGCCUGAUGAAGCUUUUCAGAAGCCUCAAAAAACUGAUUGUGGUCGGCAUCAGCCCUGCACACAGCACACCUGGAACACCAGAGAAACAAAGCACAGGUUCAUUCAUCUGACAAUACAGACUCAUUGCACUGAUUGUUUAUUUGGCCAGUAUGUUUGCAGUUUUGUUUACGUUACUUGUUUGGUGGAUUUCCACACUUUUGACGAAGCAGUUAAGCUAAAAAUAACCGACGAGGGGUCUCAGUUUACCGUCAGAGCCCGCUGAUGUCUCAGCAUCUCCUGUCCGACCAAAGAUUAUUGAGUCGGAAAGACCCCUCACUCUGUGGCUUUUUUCGUUUUAUUGUUUUUGUCCUUUAAUCUGUUUACUUCAUAAUUUUAUGAUUUGCUUUAUUCGGAUGCCUCUAUGAACAUAGAUUUUGAAAGGUGCCCUUUAAAUAAAGGUUAUCGCUAUUGCUGUUAAUAUGCAUUUUUUGGACUCCGUUCACACUUUCUUAAAAUCUUGGUGCUAAACUGGGAUUCUAAUUUUUUUUGACUGAGUGACGCAUCUUUUCAACACAAACGAUCUUCGGCCACACACGCCCAGCCUCAGCACCAGCUCAUCCUUUCUCCACGGGGUUGCUCGCCCGUAGUGCGCACCACCGUUACAAGAAGCCGUGAGAGGGAUGAGGCCUUCGUGAUCCGGACAAACACUGCUUGGAUCGUCGUUCUCUUCCUUCCGAGCUCGUCUCUCGCGGUUCGGUAUGUCUUUGAGCCUGCUCCCCCUCUCGCCAUGCCCGCUGCUGAACGCUACCCGCCGCCGCUGCCGCUGCUGCUCCUCCUGCCGUCGUUGAUUUUGAUUUCCUGCCUGGAUGGGGCGGUGAGAGCAGCGGAGGAGGAGGAGGGCGGCGGCCUGCCCUCCUCCUCACCCGGGGACAAUGGCCUCACCGUCGCGGUCGGAGACCCGGGGCGAUCCGUCGGCCCCUCAGCUCUGAUAGCAGAGACCCAGUUCGCCCUGAAGGUCCUGGUGAGGGACAUGGUGACCCGUCAGCCGCUGCUGGGCGCCUCGGUGGAUGUUUACGUGAACCACACCCUGAUGAGCUCUGCCCAGACGGGCGAGAGAGGCGAGGUUUUGCUCUGGGUCACGUACAGCCCGGUCCUCAGUCUCACUUUGCUUGGCCACAUGCAGGGUUACAUGUCCAGCCCGCUGCCCUGGAGCACCGCCAAGAGACCGAUUUUCUCUGCGGUGACGCUGCUGCUGCUCCCUCACAGUCAGGGGAACAUCUGGCUGUUUGAAGACUCAGUACUCAUCACUGGGAAGUUACCUGACAGCUCAUCCCAGCCAAAGGUUAUGUUCCCCAAGAACCUCCUCACGAUGUCCGAUAGGAGCAACAUCUCCUCAGUGACAGCAUUCCUGACUGUGCCACAGCACCACCUGGCGAAAGACUGCACCAACUGCACUCCGGGCAUCAUCAUCAGCGGCAGCAAAUCAGUGAUCAGACGUGUCGAGCUGAAGCCGGUGGCAGCCGUCAGCGUCCUGUUGUACUCUGGUGGUGAGGAGCUCCACGUUCGAGGGCCCAUUCAAAUCAGCCUGCCGCUGGGACGCAGCACACGCCUCAGGGCCGCUGAUACUGUGCCAGCCUGGGCCUUCAACCUAAAGACAGGUGCGUGGGAGAAUCAGGGUCUGGGAAUAGUGAAAACAGUUGGUGAUGAGCUGGUUUGGACCUACACCGCUUCCCAUCUGGGCCACUGGAUUGCCUCCCCCCUUCCCUCAUCAGACGAUUACCUGCGACAUGGAAGCUCUUGGGAUUUCAUAUCAUACCACACCUACCUGUUGAUGGGAAUACUGGGAGGAACGCUGACAAUUGUGAUUGGAUUUCUUUCCUUGCUGCUGUGUCACUGUGGAAAAUCUCAUCGAGAGCCCAGGAGGAGGACAGCACGCUUUUCCAAACUCACCGUCGUGAAGAAAGACCAAACCACCUCCACCCACAUGGAAGAGGGCCUGCUGUUCCGAUCAGGUGACAACAGCCUCGCUUCCUGCAGCGUCCAGUGUGAACCCUCGUCCACGCCGAGGCACAAGGCCAACUACAACAUCUACGUGGAGGAUCCAGGUGGUCGCCCGGCAGCUCCUUUCUAUGAGAAUAUUCCUCCCGAUCGGCUCAAAGGUUCCCAGCCGCAAGCUCACUACAUCAACAGCGAAGAGGUGGCUCGGCUUCGGGAGAAGUCAGAGCAGAACAACAUGAACUCUGACAACUUCUUUCAAGAUAAGCUGGUUCAUAUCUACAACCAGCCAGUGGCUAUUAUUCAUGCACCUGAGCUUUUCAGCGCUCAGGAGCAGCAGCUGUCAGGCUGCAAGUCUGCGACUUUCCCCCGCAAUGGAGUUGAGUAUGACGCUCACUCGGAGCCUGCAAGUAAAGACAACUACACCCAGACGCUACCCAAAGCCCCUCACCACCACUCCCAAGGUGGAAGCAGCCAACAGCAGAGCAGUCAAGAUGAGCCCCAGCCUCUGGAGACUCCUCCCCAAGGCCAAGGCCCUAAUGCCAGUGUGUGGGGACGCUACAGUAACCUCCUGGAAUCUUCUGUCUCUGUGCCUGGGACUCUCAAUGAGGCAGCGGGGAUGGAGGCCUUCAGCGGUGGACACGGCGUACCCAGCGAGCUGCAGGGGAUUUCGGAGCGCACCUUGCUCGAGCUGACCCGGGGCAAGCCCCUGUCAUCUCACCCCAGAGCCUGGUUCGUCUCCUUAGACGGGAAGCCGGCCGCACAGGUUCGCCACUCCAUCAUUGAGCUCCAGAGCCGCCACCGUCCUCCGAGCAGCAACGACACCAGCCUGGAUUCAGGAGUGGACAUGAACGAGCCUCUGCAGAAUCCCCGUGAGACGGAGCGCGACAGGCCUUCUGUCAGGGCCUCUUCCCUGCCGCACCACGGUCGAGGGGGGCGUUACGGUGAAGAGCAGGACCUCAGCAGUAGCGAGAGUGGCACAACGGCCACCUGUACGCCAGAGGACCCUUCUCUGAGGAACAUCUUAGACGGGAGCAGCGGGGCUAUUCCCAACAUUCCUGAAGAGCGAGACGGGAUGGACACUUCCAGCGCUCAGGAGGACAGCGAGUCCAGAGGUACACCACCUCCACGCCGCCUGAGGAAGGUGAGGGAGAAGGGGAAGACGGACAAGAGGAGUGCCAAGCACGUCCGCGAGGGGAGGCCUCUGACCAAGCGAAGUUAGAGCGUGGCUCAGUGCAAACUUCAUGACAAGCUUUUGUUUUUCCCCGGAUUCGAACAAACCAUUUAACCCAUAUUUUCAUCGAGUGGUGUCACAUCCGCGCCGAGCCAUCCAAAUUAGUUUCAAGCACUCGUGCUCACACAGGCAUUGUUGUUGUUGAGUUAUGCGAUUGUACAACUUUGCCAAAGAAUGCAUAAGCUAGCUCGAAAAACAAAAAACAAAAAAUAGAGCAGGAUAUCACGUGUCACGUUGAAGCGUUAUGUAGCCGCUGUUUGUGCACCAUGUUUUCUCAUUUUCCUGAAGAUCACCAGCGAGAUUCUUCACAGCAAAAUGUCCGUGUGAACACGAUAUCCCAUAGUUCCCAGUACUGGCAUUAUAGAGGGUGCCUUUUUACUGCCUGUGAUCAUUAUAUGUGAUUACCUGCGGCACAGUAUUUGUCUACAUUUAGUAAAAUCCGGUGAGUUUAAAGGAUGGACACAGAUACAGGUCUAUGUGUAGUGCACUUAUCCUCACCACAAAUGCCUGCUGUAAAUGAAAUAAGAUAAGAAAGCUUUCCCAUUUUGCAGCUCUGACGUCUUGUUUUAGUCAUCCUCCCUCAUUUUAGUCCAAAAAGAGACUCUGGCGUUCAUGAAAACACUCGGUUACAUCAUUAAUAGAAUGGACUGUGUCAGAAAAUUUAAGUUUUCAACUCAUGACACGAAAUGCUCCUUUAUAUCGAAGUGAAAAUACAGAUGUACAUUGUAAAGCUAAGCUGCCAUUUCCAAGUAAUCAUACAUGAUUUAAAGGUUUUAAGCCUACGAUUCUUUUAGAAAGCAUGAAAAUGAUUGUGUCCCCGUGUGUAUGAAUAUAUUUUGUGUUUUGCCGUAGAGCGAACAUUUCAUCAUCGUAGCUGGUAGUUUACUUGCUGACUGAGUCAUUUCAUUGUCUAGUCUUUAAAAGGACACUCAGUGAUGUGCUGCCAACACUGAAAGCAGCCGCUACACUAAGGACGCCCCAGGACUGCUACACAAUGAUCAUGGGUAGUGCUCGAGUCCAGGACUCAGACUCAAGUCCAACUUGAGCCCUAAUUUUAAGGACUUGUGACUUGACUUAGACUUGAGCACUGUUGAUUUGGACUUGGACUCAGACUUGUGGAUUAACUGCAUUUGGACUCGAGUCCUCAGGUUUUUGUUUUAUUUUAUGUAAUAUACCAUAGUAAUUUGGCAUAAGAUAAUAUCUAUGUUAAGUUCAAUAUUAUAUAAUAAUUAUACAUUAAUAUAUUUGGAUUGGACUCGACUCUGAUUUUUCUUAAAUGACCUGGACUUGACUUGUACUCGAAUGCUGGGAACUCGAAACUUUGGUGACUCGACUACAACACUGCGUACAAGUUUAUGGGUGCCACAAGAGUUGGUAAUCUUGGCACUGAAAUAUGUCAAAGUUUGGUUUAAUGGGGUUCACUCGUGUGACUUGAGAGUGUAAAGAUAGUUCAGAUCAUGUGAACACAACUCGCCACCGUUCACAGCCUGAGAAAGGAGUAGCUGCUGAUUGGUUGGAAGGGUGCUGUUAAAAUUUUAACUGCACAGCUUUGAGGUAAUAAUUUUAUAUAUUCAGUAAUUUUUACUUGGCGCCCCCCCAUGCAGUAUUAUCCCCUUUUAUUUUUUUUUUCUUUACAACCUGAAUUUGGUGCCUUGGAGUUUUGCUUUCACUGCCUGAUUCCUUCCUGGUAUUGGGUAUAAGGUGUUGCUUUUUUAGAACCGAGAAAUGUAACCGAAGAAAGGGAGAUGAUUGGAAAGCUUUUUUCAAUUUAAAGUUUUUAAAUAAUUGCUGAACAUUCAGUAAACGGAGUACUCAUGACUGUCACGAGGCCAAUGUCGAUUCACAGUCGGUCGCUCGGUCCACCGCUUUGGUCCACACUGUCAUAACUCCACAACUUUUCAAUCUAAUUUAUCUAUCUUGUACUGAUACCAAUGGUGCACAGAGGAUGAUUCCUGCUGACUUUGAGUCCUUUUCCUCUAACGCCGCCACAACGUUUACAUUGAUGGUUUUAAAUACUGUAUGGAUUGCCUCAUGAUCGUAAUCAGCACGGCUUUGGUGAUCCCUAAACUUCUCUACCAUCUACCAAAAAAAAAAAAAAAUCAGUCUGUCCAAUAAUUCAUGACAAAAUACACAAACUGCAUUUCCAUCAGCCUCUGCUG